ACUUUCAAGAAAGCUCAAAUCUUUCUUCUUCUUCUGCCAAGUCUCACACCUCUCCUACAUCUGAAUGCAGUUUCAAUCCUGAAAUUUCUGACCAAGCAGAAUGCUUUGAAGAAUCCUCUUUUCCUAAAUUCACCCCCGCUGGAAUGCAUCCUCCAGCAGAGGUGAAAUUCUUUCCUGACCAAAACAAAAAUUCAACCCCAGAGUUUGAAACUGAAAACAAAAUUUUAGAAAUGCUGCCCGAACACACCCCAACCAUUGACUUACUAGAUGAAAAUGUAAUCUUUGAAGUAACCUAUUCUCUAGGAGACGAUGUACCUGAUCUAUCAGAAUUUCUCCUUGAUUCUAGUAUUGACAUUCCAACCGAAGAUGUUCAACAUAAACCAGAUUUAAUUUCUGAAUCACAAAUUGAAUCUGGUCAUGAUGUUUCAUCUGAAAUUCCCACCAAAAACUUCACUGAAGAGAUAACUCCAGAGGUUCCUCUUGUUUCUUCAUCUAGUGAAAAUGAUAGUAAAGAGGAAACCUCUUUGAUUACUGAAUCUCAAAUUGAAUCGAGUCACAACUUUGAAUAUGACACUGCUCCUGAACCAGUCAUAGACUCAGUGCCAGAAAAAGUAGAAAAAGAAACAUGUCAAGAGGUUGCUCUCGAUUCGACAUGUGUUGGGGUUGUAGCACAUUCCAGAUCCUGUUCCCCCUUUGCAGACGAUAGUUCAUGCUCGUCAUUUCACGAUGAUGAGUAUAUCUCUCACUCAUCCACUGAAGAUCUUACAGAAGGCGCCUCCUCACACUACUUCAAAUCUGAAAAGAUUGAUGCAGUAGCUUCAGAACAGACUGAGCUAUCCACUGACACAGCAUGUUUAACAUCAGAACAGGCCAUAGAGCCAUUUCUUGGUGAAUCUACUGCAGCAGUAGAACUGUUGGAUGAAAUGAAUUCUGCAGCAGAGGUAUAUACUACAGUCACAACAGAAGUGUUUAAAUCAGAGCCGUUUGAACAAAUCAAAUGCUCACCUGAACCAUUAGAACACACUAUCUUUGAGCCUGAAGAAUAUGCAGCAGUCACAUCUAAGGUCUUCACCCCAGAGCCUUCUGAUGAACCCAAACAAUUUGAAGAAAUAGGUGUUGAGCAUUCGGAAGCACUUGAACUUUCUCAUGAAGCUGAACUAGUUCAGGGAACUGAGACAGAACCAGUGGAGUAUGCAGCAGUCACUGCAAAGGUUUUCACACCUGAACCUUCUCAUGAGCUUGAACUCACACCUGAGCCAGAGGCUAUACCUGCUACCGUACCCCCUCAACAUUCUGCCAUUACAACCAAGAUAUUUCCAGAAUCAGUGGUGUACAUAAAAGGUGUUCAUGAAGAACAAACAGAAGUUGCACUUGCAGAGCAUACCAAGUGCUCAAGUUCAGAAAACUUUGUUCUUACUGAAGUUGAGCCAUCACAAGAAUUUGUGUUGGAAAAAGAAACCACACCAUGUUCUUUGUUACCAGCAGAAAGGGUGUUAGCAGCUCAGAAGGUACCUCCAGCUGAGGAAGUGUUAUCAGAGACAAUGGCUGUUGAAACGACAUUGUCUGGUGAUAAUAUUGUACAAAUUGAAAGUGAAUUGCCAGAUCAAUGUUUUUCUGAAACAGCAAAGACAGACAGUGAUGUUAUAUUAACUGAAGUUGAACCAUUGGAGCAAAUUACUCCAGAAGAGACCGUAUCAUUUUGUCCCACUGUACCACCAACAGAAGCAAUUUUAUCUGAAACAUUGCCUGUAGAAACAACAUUAUCAGCGGAUAAUAUUGUACAAAUUGAAGCAGAAUCACCAGAUCAAUGUCUUUCUGAAACAGCAAUGACUGAUGAUGAUGUUGUUUUAACUGAAGUUGAACCAUCUGAGCAAAUCACUACUGAGGAGGCUGUGUUAUCAUGUCUCUCUAUGCCAGCAGCAAGAUUACUUGUUGCUCAACAAGUAUCUGCAGCAGAGACAGUCUUAUCUGAGACAAUGCCUUUCGAAACAGUUUUGCCUGGAGAUGACCUUGUUCAAACUGAAAUAGCAUCAUCUGGACAAUUUGUCACAGCAUCAGCAGCUGAUCUUGUCCUGACUGAAGUAGAGCGAUCUGAACAAAUUGCUCCAGAAGAGACUGCAUUAUCUUGUCCCGCUAUGCAAGCAGAAAGGUUGGUGGCAGCACAAAAGGUACCUCCAACUGAAGCAGUUUCAUCAGUCACAAUGCCGGCUGAAACAACAUUAUCAGCUGAUAAAACUGUACAAAUUGAAAGUGAAUCGCCAGAUCAAUGUCUCUCUGAAACAGCAAAGACUGAUGACGAUGUUAUCUUAACCGAAGUUGAACCAUCCAAGCAAAUUACUGAGACUGUAUUGUGUUGUCCCUUUAUGCCAGCUGAGAGAUUACCUGCUGCUCAAAAAGUAUCAUCAGAAGAGACAGUCUUAUCACAGAUAAUGCCCACAGAGACGUCAUUGUCGGUUGAUGCUUCCACAGUUGAUGCCACUGCUGAAGAGGCUGACACUGUUUGGUGUGAGUCUAUUGUCGAGGUUGAAGAACCACUUGUCAUACAUACUUCACAGGAAAUGGCAGUCGCUCUUGAGGAAUCUGGGCAACCUACAAAUGUUCAGACAAUGUCUCUAGAGCAGGAACCUGCAGAUUCCCAGUCGAAAGGUCUAGAAGAUUCUGGACAGUCUUCUGAUUUGUCAACAAAUGAUAAAACUUUAUCUAUUGAACAAUACUUCAAGGAAGAAGAUGAUCUCUCAGAUUAUGAUGACCUACCAGAUGAUAUACAUGUACCAUCUGACUUUCUAAUGGAAGAUAUGACCGAGGAACUUGAAGUAGAAACUGAAGACCUAGCUAGAUUUCCUAUAUCUAUAGAAGACGAACCAACAGACACAUACCAGGACUUUGAACCAGUGGUAGUAAAACAUGCACAGGAAGACUGGGAAAUGGUUGAAGCUGAUGACAGAACACCAGCAGAGACAACCGACAUAGCUGAAAUAACAUUAACUGAGGAGCCACGUACUGAGACAGAUUUUACCUCCAGUGAUUUAGUGUCAGUAGAUCACUCUGGUGGGGAAGUCGAAGACAAAUUAAAGUCUGAAGUUUCAGGUGCAGCUUCUGAUGCAGCAGUGCCAGAUAAAACACUGGAGCUGAACCUAAUAUCCACACCUUUGUUGGAGGAGAUGGAACAGAUCGUUUCUGACAUGUCCUCCCUUGCAGAGGACAUAUCAAAAAGUCCUGUUCUGGCACCAGAUGAGUUUCCUUUUGAGCCAUCAAGUACAACAAAAGAUUUAGUUGAUCAGUCCACAAAAGAAGCAGACAUUGCAGGUGAGCCAUCUUCACCUGUCUCUUGCCAUUCAGCAGAUGUUUCGAUGGCAGGAGUCAGUGAACAGGAGAUGCCAGAAGUAGAUACAGAAAGUAGUCCAGAGUCUUUGACUCCAACACCAGGAGAUCUAGAAAGUUCAGGUUUUCAAUUAGAUAUAGCUAGGGCUGCUGAUGACACUACAAUGCAACCUCUUGAACCCCAGGCUACAGAGGAAACUGCCCUGGAUUUCUCUUCAGCUCAAAGGGGGAAGCUGACUUCUAUUUCUUCAGUGUCAGAAAUUAUACAGGAUCUUCCUGCACAUUCUUCAGUGACUGAGCAGGAAAAUAUUGUGUUAGAAUCGUCUGCUGUUUCAGUUGAUGUUGUUGCUGUGUCUGAUCCUACACGAGAAGAACUCUCUGCUGUUGACAACCUGCUACAGGAGGUAUCUGAGUACUCUCAAUUACAAAAUGGAAGCAGUGGUCAAGACAAAUGUGAGGAGGUUUACUUGACUGGUCAGUUUGUUAGUGAACCUGUUGAUGAAGCUGAACUUGUUGCAGGUGCUUGUAUUAUAGAGGAGGAUGGUUCUUUACCUGUAGAAGGUCUUAAAGUGAAUGUAUUUGUAAUGGCAGAUCAGGAAUCUCCAGAACCUUCUUCUCCACUUACUAAAUAUGAUGUUGUUGAGGACUUGUCAGUUUCGGUUGAUGAACCUUUCAUUACUGAGGAUAAAGGAACUGUGGAAAGUUCAGUGCUACCAGUUGAUGUAGUUACUGAAGAUGUAUCAACAAUGUCUAACACAUCAUUCACAAUUGAAGACGUUCCGGCAUCCGUGGGGACUUUUGUCAUUCAAGCUGAUGCUGACCAGGAAGACUCUUCAACAAAACUUGAUAUUUCAUUUGAAUCUGAAAGCCUGCCAGCAGAGGAAGUGACCCUGUCCUCACCUGCUGCAGAGGCUGAAACAUCAAUAGACUAUGAAUUUUCCACCCCCACACAGUCAGAAACACAAGAUGAUGACUCUCCUGCUAUGCGUGCCAUACGUCGAAGACAAAAUUAUUUGGCAGAGCAAGCUAAAAAAAAAGAACUUUUCGAGGGUUCUGGGCAUAUUGAGCAUACUGGUGCAGUCGAUUUGUGUGAAAAACCCGUAGAAAUAUUACCUGUUUGUGAGUUACCCCAAUGCUCUACUGUAAGUUAUCCAACUAAUACAAAAUCAAGAGAAGGGAAGAUGUCUACAACCUCAAUGCAUAUAGAAACCAGACUGAGUGCAAAACCUUUUGAUACUGUGCCAAAAACAAUUGUAGUUCAAGUAGAAAGUACUGAGAUAGCUGGUCCACCAAAGGAACUUGUAUCUGAUCUGUUGACAGAUAAUAAAAGAGUUAUCACCCCUGAGAGAUAUGCCUCUCUGUCACGUCCUCUGAGAGUGUACAAACAAGUCAGCAGUGACAUAGAAGAUGACACCAGUAAGGUUAUAGAAAAAAGGGUAGAUGAGUGGGUAACGGCUAAUACCAAUGCGAUACCAACGACUACAGAGUUGUCAACUGUCCAAAAUUCAGUCUCAGAAAGUGCUCCAAGUGCUUCACAAGUAACUGAAAAUAUUCAGAUUUCUCCCCAACCUUUGUCAGAACAUUUUCAAUUUGUUCCAAAACCUGGUUUUGUCAUUAGGCCACAAGCAGCUGAAAAUGUUCAGCCUCCUUCACAGAAUGUCAAAAAUGUCCAAAGACCAGGUUUUGCCAUAAGUCGACAAACUACUGAAAAUAUUCAGACUGGUUCUCCACCCCUACCAGAAAAUGUUCAGGUUGUCAAGUAUCCCGAUUUUGUCUUGCACUCACAAACAACUCUAAAUAUUAAAACUGACCCGCCACCUCCAUCAGAAAAUGUUCAGGUUCUCCAGCGUCCCGGUUUUGUUAUGCGCCCACAAACUACAGAAGACAUCAACCUAACCCCACAGUCUGUGAUUGACAAUAUUCAAAUUCCUCAAAAACCUGAGUCUGCAGAAUCCCCAAAACCUGAAAUAGAGGAUGCCAAUGUUUCCCCAGAAACCCUUCCAGGUGUUGAAUCCGUUCCCAUGUCUGGUCGUGUGUUUCGCCCCAAAAGAGAUUAUAAUACCCUUCCCCGUUCUUCAAAGUCCUCCAAAGAUGCGAGUACUCCAAAACGGGCUGGCUCUCUGCCUAGGAGCUCCUCCGCUGCUGAUAGGCAGCACAAGACAACACAGAGCUCUCCAACAGAGGAGGGAAAUAGUGACAUCCCCACUGUCAAGAUGGACCCACCACCAUCUGGCCAUGAGGAAAAAGAGAAAAAGAAAGGCUCAUCUUUAGCCCGCACAAUUAAGAAGAGAUUUUCUCGUUCUAAAAAGCGGUCUAAAAGUGCGGAGCGUAGCCGUGACGACUCGCACCUCCAGCCACCAGGCCAAUCGUACGGGCAGUCUCAGUCCAAAGAUGACAUAGAGCUUGUGCGAGCUCAGCCAGAAACGCCAAGCCUGAAGAAGUCGCGAUCUCUAGGGGGCAGUUUAAAGAAGCUGUUCAGGAGAGGUCGGAAGAGGUCUAGGGACCAUGGUGAAACAUCCCGAGAGAGCUCCUACUCCAGAUCGUCAACACGAAAUGCCUCUCAAGGUCCAUCUAGGGAGGGGUCACUCACCCGUGGUAGUGGUGGUCAGACAUCCUCCUUGACAAGGAGCGGUCAACUUCCCGAUCAGAAGGGGGAGGUAGGGCGCAGUCACUGGAGCAGGACAAACACGCAAAAUGAAUAUAUGGAGAGAGAGGUAGAUGUGUCGCCACGUCAUCAGCCAGGGGAUACCACUUACCCUGUACUACAACAGGAGCCGUCGGUCCUACAGCCACGGGGUGUUUCCUCUCAUGAACCAGAUGUAGGCAGAGGCCACUGGAGCAGACCAAAAUCAGGAGAACAACUAGACGUUGCCCGACAGAGCUAUGAAACAAACAGCGCUCCUCCUGGAAGUAAUACUGAGACAGAAGAUAUACGGAGGGGUCAUUGGAGUAAGUCGAAGUCACCAGCGCGAACUGGCCCUGUUAUAAUAACAACCCCAAAACAGGAGCCGUUAGACGUUGUCAGUCAAAGCUAUGACACAAUGGCAGCACCACCAGACACAGACAGCAAGCCGGAGGUGAGAAAAGGUCACUGGAGUAAAAGUAAGUCCCCAACUCGGUCAACAGGAGGAGUAGUUAUAACAUCUCGUGGUCAAGAGGUACCAGAUCUCGUGGCCAGUUCCAGUACAAAAGUCAUAACCCCUGAGGUCAUUGUGACCGAUAUGAUCAAUGGUAAAACAACAUCCUCAGAGAAAAUAGAUUUUGUAAAGUCUAGCGAAGUGCCACCUGAACUUGCUGAAGAUGUCCGUAGGGGACAUUGGAGUAAAUCUAAAUCACCUAGCCGAGAACGUAUUGGACAGAUUGUUAUAUCCACGGACCCUUCACUCGCUGCCUCUACUGUAGAGGUGGAUCUUCGCAGGGGUUAUUGGACAAAGAGUAAGUCCAGGUCUCCUAAGCGAGAGUCAGGUCCCAGUAGUGGUGUUGAUGCAUCUGUGACUGAUAGCCAAACUUACAGUCUCGAAGAAGUUAAACCUGCUGAAGUCCCACCUCCUUCCACUGCAGAAUCCUCUGAUAAGGUUAAAGUUAAAGCGAAGCCUACAAAAGUUGAACCUGUUAAAUCUAAACCAGUUAAAGCCAAACCUACGAAAGAUGAUCCGACAGUUAAGGGACCUGUUCAAACACCUCCUGAAGAUCCUAUUGUCGCCCCACCACCUAGUGCUAAAAAAGGUCAUUGGAGUAAAUCAACAACGGACUCAAAUCAGCCCGUGGGUGGAGGGGUGGUCGUGGUUAAGACAGAUGUCGCAGUGGCUUCUGUCAUGCCCGUUGAUCCUGCGGACGUCCACCGGGGUCACUGGACAAAACCCAAGACAAACACAUCGUGAUUAUUGACUUAGACUUAAGAUGUGAGCCAACAUGUUAAAUAUGUCUAUUGAUUAACUGAUCAGAGUUGUGCAGCGGGAUCCUGAAACUUUGAGGAAGAACAAUGUGUAUUGGGAGUUAUAGUGCAACAUCUUGCCUCCGACAACUUUCUGACUAUGGUCAUAUAUCGGUACAGACAUCCGAAGUUAAACAUUCUGAAGGACAGUGACAGUAUUAUAUGGCGGUAAAAUGUCACUCAGACGAUAUUUUGUCGAAAACAAAUACACUCUAUCACUGGCUUAUUUAUUGUGCCAUUGCAAGUUUGAACUGACAAAAAAACAGUCUCAAUUUUUCAUUUUAAUAUCAAUAUUCUUAGAAUGACCGUAUGGUUUACAUUCUAUUUUUGGUGUUAGCUUUUACAUAUAAGACCUACGAUUAUAUGUCAGAACAGUUUGCUCAAAUGGAAAUGUUUGAUACGUUUAUGCCAUUCACUAACUAUAGGAAUAUUCUUUCCGUUUUGUCUUUCGUCUUUCGUAUCUUGUAGAAAUUCUCACAACAUAUCCAAUUCCUCGCCGAAAUAACAGAGAGUCUUUGUUAUUUGAUGUUUAUUGAUCUGUCCUUUAAAAAUUUACGCAAAUAACUACGCAUGAUUAAAUACGAUCCUGCCAAAUCUUCGAUUAAUUGCAUAAACUAUAAUUUUUUAUCAUUACAUUGUGUGAACACUUAUUAUAUAGUCCUGUGUUUAGCCAACAAAUUCCCAAAACUCGUCCCGUCCACUGGUCUGCCCAUUCAUCCCUGAAAUGUCAUAAUGAACUAUUCCAACCUUUGAAUUGGAAGACUUCAAAUGUGUCUUCAGGGGUGAAUGAGUUAAUAAGAAUAAAUAUUGAUAUAUAACAUUGAGAAAUUUAUCAAAUUAUUAUAAACAAUUAUUUUAAUUAAUAAUUACGUUUAAUUAAACAUUUUACACUAAUUUUGAUUUCCAAUAUGGCUUUAUUUAAAAUAUUUAUUAUAACCGUUUUAAUGGUGGAAAUCCAUUUUCCUUUAAGAUUAACAUUGCAAGUCUUGAAACGUACUUUGUAAAUUUACGCAUUGUAUUCUUACUCAUUGUCAAAGAUCUGUUGUAUUGUACUACAAUGUUGAAAGUUAUGUCAUAUUGUUAUUAUUACAAGCAUUACUUGUGAACGAAGUUUUAUUGAGAUCAAAGUCUGAGACAUUUCUCUUUGUUAAAUACUCUUAUUUGAAAUAUUCCUUUUUAGUCCCAUUUUGUUAUCGCUGAUUGAGAAGGAAUAAUGAGUCACAAUGGUUUUUUUUAUAUUUUUUUGUUUACAUAUCCUUAUUUACAUUGAAUUACCAUUUCCUAGCUUAUUCCCCCGGUCUCAUUGUUAUCGUCUCAUACACGUGUGUGUUGAUCGGUUGGACCCUCUCAGGCCUUAGUUUGAUUACUUGUGUACGUGUGUGAUUUUCAAUAAUAGUUAGUAAGUUUGAAAGUAAAUGUUGAAACGGCUUUGCAUUCAUAGAAAAGAUAUUGUUUCUCAAUGACGUCGAUUUAUAAUAUCGUCAAAAAAAAACAAAAAAACAAAAAAAAAAUUUAUAUAACGAAAAAUGUAUUUAGAAGAUAGUCGCGAGCUUUUACGGCAAAUCAAGAAGUUGAUACAAGAAAAUUACGGAAAAAGUCAAACCUUUGUGAUUGUUGGAAAGAAUAUUCAUAAACAUGUAGUUGAUUUUAGACUGAACUAGUUUUCCUGACUUACAACAUAGCAACGAUAAAAUAUCUUAGUUAAAUGAAAAACACUGCCGAUAGUAAAAAUGAAAUUGAAAAAUGAAUAUGCAUGGCAAUUAAUGAAAAUAUCAAUAUUUGAAACAUCUUUGAGAUACAGUUUAAAUAUAUCUCGAAAAACUGCGUGAUUGUCCUAAUAAAUUAACAUGCAUACUCAUUAAAAUCAUUUACAUCCUUUUAUCAAAAUUGUCAAGAUAAUAAAAUCCAUCUGCACAUUUUUUAUUGCUACAUAUUCAAUUCAAAAUAUUAAGUGCCAUAUGCAUAUUCAUGAGUUUGCAUCACGAAUUAGUGUUGGUUUCGAUUGUUGAUAUGACAUCAACACAGGUUGGGAAGUUUAACUUCUUGUUUCUUGGCAAAACUGAACCUGUCUAUUCGGUGUGAUUUAAAAUCGACUUCAUCGUGUUUCCAAGAAAAUCUAACCAAUCGCAAGCCAGUAUUUUCUGUACUCGGAUGAAAAUCCAUUCAAAAGUCAAAGUUCAACGCAGUAAUAUGUCAUGGAAGAGAUGGUACCCUGAAGUUUCGGACCCUGUCUCGUCUCUAGUCCGGUCUGACAGUCUGGACAAAUACUACAUUAGCCCUUUCACCACUGUAGACAAUAAUGAACUCAUCCAACAAAAUGUAUGGUAGAGUCUACAAAAGUUACCUAGGGGUGAAAGGGUUAAUAUUUUGUCAUUCUGCAGCUCCCUGUUACUAUAUAGCUGCUUCACAAAGUGAUCUGUCUUCCACCAUACUUUUCGCCGAUAAUUUAGGAUUGUGCAAUAUUUUCGCCAGCAUAAUUUAUUGUUAGAACGGUAGAUAUUUGUAAACGGUGAUAGGUUUUGUUAUUUUUAGUAGACAUCUUUGGAUAAUUGUUUCAAAGAUCUAUAUUCCUAUGAGAAGAUGGUCUUGAUAAUGAGAAAAGAAAGUGUAGACUUUCCCCGAUUUGGUCUUUCAUGCAUGUAGCGUAUCGUAUUUUCACAGUUCCCAAUGCAUUUCUAUUACUCAAAAGUACAAUUAUUGAUUAAAAUGUAUGAUUGAUUAUGAAAUGAAACAAAGACACGGAAAGCGAAGUCUGAGUCCAUUACUGGAGGAUAUUGUUAAAAAUAGUCAAGUAUAUUUAUUGGAUACUGUUCUUUGUUGCCGAUAUAGUGUUAUAUACACUUAGGAAAACGUAAAUGAUAUACUUAAGUUGUGCCCAAAAUCUCCAGACUAAACAACGAACUGAACGAAGGGAGUCUUACGUUUAACAUUUGAUAUUGUUUGUAUAUGUAUAGAUGUAAGUUAAAUAUACAAUUUCUAUCAAUUAAAUUGUAUGUAGUAUUUGAGAUAUACAACAGCGUGUUAAAUAUGUUUAUUGAUUUACAGUGAGGUGUUGAUUAUGAUUUAUAAUCGGUUUUAAUUUUUGAAAUGAGUGACGUUUAAAUGAAUAAGGCACCUGUUGUAUAAAUGGUAGAAAGAUCUCAUAGGUAUCUUAUUUAUAUACACGUAUUGCUAAAAAUGAUGCUUUGGUACGCCAGUAGAUAAAUCGCAGCUCGAUGAAUGCCAUUGAACUUCUACCAGAGCACACCCAAAAUUGCCAACGAUCAAAUUUACUAACAACUUACCUUAUUUUUUAACUUAAAAUGUUGUUAAUGGUUUAUACAUUAAGAACCUAUUAAACAUUUAACCAAUCCGUUAUUAUAUACAGGGUAAGGUCUGUAUUGACUUGACAAAAUGUCUACUAGAGCACACCCAAAAUGGCCGACGAUCAAAUUUUCUAACAACGUAUCGAGUGGUUAAAAA